AUUCUCACAAUUGUUAUCGAUUGUUAUUACAAAAAUUUGUCCUGAAGUUUAUAUACUGGAAAUUCAUAAGAGAUUAUUACCAAAGAAAACUUAAAUAAAGUUUCAUAUGGAUCAGCACGACAUCAAAAUAAUGGCAAAAGCUAUUGUGUGUGAAGAUUGCACAUUAGUUGGUGACAUCACUAUUUCGCCUGGAUGUGUAAUACACCCCAGUGCUUCUAUUAUUGCUGAAGCUGGACCCAUAGUGUUAGGAGAAAAUUGUAUCGUGGAAGAAUACGCUACAAUUGCAUUCCGGUUACCCGUAGGAAAUAAAAUUGAUCCUUCAGCGGACGUUCGAACUCUAAACAUUGGUCCGAAUAACGUUUUCGAAGUAGGCUGUAAAGUUGAAGCUUGUCACAUUGGAGAGAAGAAUGUAUUUGAAAGCAAAUGUUAUGUUGGACCUUGUGUAUUCGUUUCAAGUGGUUGUAUUAUUGGAGCUGGCGUUAAUUUAGUUUCAGAACAAAAAUUACCAGAAAAUACUGUUAUUUAUGGAAGAAAUUGUCUUCAGCGGGAGGCCAUUGAUAAGCACGGGUCUCAAACAUUACAAAUUGACUUUCUGCGGAAGGUACUGCCAAACUAUCACCACCUGCGAAAACCAAAUUAUGAUCCAAAAAAAAUACGGUUAGCAGCUUAAAUAAAAAAUAAAUACAUUCAAUAUAACUUUA